GAAGAACCUGGGACAAUCCCGUGACGGAGAAAAUCAUACCUUUGCACUUUUCCAGCCUUGCCCGAGGGGAGGAUCUUGAAAAGAAAGGUGGUUCAAAAAACAAGACACAAGCUAUCUAUCUGCACUAAUUGCAGAGCGGGACUGGAAGUACUGAUGGCCAACACGGGAGCUUCUCCCAAUGAAGUCAGUCUCCAGGUGGUAACCAGCCACAGCUCUGCUCCGAAUACUCACUUAGCUGCAAAAGCUUUCAUUAUUCCAGCGAAUAUAAAUCCAAUUAAUCCAUCGGAGACUGACCCGGAUCCACAAACCGUACCUCGGGAAACCCAUGUCGUCUCUUUACCGAUCAAAGUGGAGCAGUCAGAAAGCACCGUCCCAAUGACGGCGACUGUCAACCCACAGAUCAGUGGGUUGCACCGCUGUGACAUGCUCAGUAUUCUGGAAUGGAAGGAUGGGAGAGCUACCUUACCUGGCAGCAAUUUAAAGUUCAGAGUGAAUGAGUUUGGUUCCCUGGAGGUUGCAAACACAGAGGUGAUGCCUGGGGUACGUGGGACAGAGGUCGCUGUGGAAACCAGUGUGGAGACGGAGGAGAGCGAUGCUUGGGAUCAGACUGGCUGGAAUACAGCCAGUGGUUGUGAAAGGAACGAGAAGGGUGUAUCUAGCUUGAAGGAGUUGCCAAAGUUAGGAAGCGUUUGCUGUUGUGAGAACUGCGGCCUGUCCUAUACAGUGAACACCAUCAGAAGCCAAGGUCACUUCUGCAGUGAGCAUUGCCUUCAGCAGUUUAAAGAAAAGUCACUGAGGAUGGAGAGUGCAGCAGUAAAAAGAAGCGCUGGAGCGAUACUCAAACGGGUCAAAAAGAGAAAGCGAAAGAUGUGCCGGAGUCCGAGGACAGAAUCAGAUGAAGAGUACGGUUACGAAUUUACUGAAUCAGAGCAGGUGGAGGAACAUGAAGAAGAGCGAAAAAUUGUCAGAAAACCUUUCGUGGGUGACAAAAGCCAAUUGCAAUUUGUUGAACCUAGUUGCACGGUGUCUGGACAAGGUAUUUCUUCAAUGGAAAAGAACACACUCUGGUCUUGGGUUUCAUAUUUGGAGAGUGAAAAGGCAGUCCCUGCGCCAGUCAAACUCUUUCGAGAGUGCCAGUUAUUCCCCCAGAAUAAAAACAGUUUCAGGGUUGGGAUGAAGUUGGAGGGUAUCGAUCCCACGCAUCCAUCUAUGUACUUUGUACUGACUGUGUCCGAGGUUUGUGGUUACCGUUUGCGGCUACACUUUGAUGGCUAUUCAGAGUGCCACGAUUUCUGGGUGAAUGCUGAUUCUCUGGACAUCCACCCCGCAGGAUGGUGUGAGAAGACAGGGCACAGAUUAUACCCUCCGAAAGGGUACAAGGAGGAAGAGUUCAAAUGGGCCAACUAUCUGAGGAUUACCAAAUCCCAAGCUGCACCAAAACAACUUUUCUGCAAUCAAAGUAAUUCUGUCAUCCCUUUGGGAUUUCGUGUGGGCAUGAAACUGGAAGCGGUUGAUCGAAUGAAUCCAUCCCUGAUUUGCGUUGCUACGGUGACAGAUAUAGUUGACAACAGGUUUUUGGUGCACUUUGACAACUGGGACGACACCUAUGAUUACUGGUGUGACGCAAGUAGCCCGUACAUCCAUCCUGUGGGCUGGUGCCAGGAACAUGGAAAGACCCUCACACCACCACAAGGUCAUCCCCAUCCAGAGCAUUUUUCCUGGGAUAAAUAUUUGGAAGGAACUGGAUCGUGUGCAGCUCCUGUUCGUGCUUUUAAAAUACAUCCUCCACACGGCUUCCAGAUAAAUAUGAAGUUGGAAGCUGUGGACAGGCGUAACUCCAUGCUGAUUCGCGUGGCCACGAUUGUGGAUGUGGAUGAUCACAGGAUCAAGAUCCAUUUUGACGGAUGGAGUCAUGUUUACAAUUACUGGGUGGAUGCCGACAAUCCCGAUAUACACCCCGUCGGGUGGUGUGCUAGAACAGGUUACCCUCUCCAUCCACCAGUCAAGGCAGUAGAUUUCUCACCAGAUCCUGGGCAGGUGGGAUGUCCUGUCCCAGGGUAUAAGGCAGUUGGACACACAAAAGGUUCAAAGUACACCUCCCAUCACAGGAAGUGCCCCACGCCUGGCUGUGACGGCUCAGGCCAUGUUACUGGCAAGUUCACCGCACAUCACCGCCUGUCAGGCUGCCCGCUAGCUGAAAGAAACCAAGCAAGGGUAAAAGCAGAGGCGUCAGACACGGAUGGGUCAUCCCGAAAAAGGAAUUUCAUGUCAUUUGGUCGGAGAAGGAAAUCAAACCACCACGGCAGGAUUGGGCGCCCCCCCAAGUAUCAUAAACUGCAACAUGAAGACUUGAAAGUCGGCUUUCAGAGUUUUCCAAAUGAUGGUUUGCAGCAUGUCUUGCACCAAUCAGUCUUCAUGUCUGCCAUGUCACCGCAUCCAGGCCGGUCGCUGCCCCUGUGCUGGGAGCAACACUGCAAACUGCUUCCCGGUGUGUCAGGAAUCAGUGCCAGCCGAGUGGCCCAAUGGACCGUCGAAGAGGUGGGAAGCUUUGUCCAGACACUUACUGGCUCUGAGCACCAAGCAAAGCUAUUUAAAGAGGAGUUGAUUGAUGGUGAAGCUCUCCUUUUGCUCAAUCAAGCAGAUAUCGUGAAGAUCAUGAGCAUUAAACUCGGGCCGGCGCUAAAGAUUUAUAAUUCAAUUCUAAUGUUCAAAAGUGCAGACGACAUUCUAAAAUGACAUUCCUUUCUAUUUAAGUGCAAUGCAGGCAGGUGGGAAGAAUAUUUGUACCCUGUUCAUCAUUCGGUAUUUCUUUUAAUUUUACAAUGCAAUGUGUUCUCUGAAUGCCAAGAAGUGUCAAGUGGAAUGAAUGAGCUUCAAAUCAAAACUAUUUGUGGUUGACAAGAUAUACAUAAUAUAUAUAAUAUAUUGUAUAUGUGAAGUUGCAACUAUUUGCUUGGAUUAUCCAUAGGUCAAUGAUAAUGUACUAAGAUUAUUCCAGGAAGACGAUAAGAAAAUAUGUCAAAAUAUAUUUGUUUUUACUGUGAUCAGUCACAUUUUACGUGUAAUUUAUUGA